GGAGGUGCAAGAAGCAAUAAAGUUGAUAGAUGAAUAAGUUAUGGAAAGGAGUUGAGUGAUGAUUGGGUGAGAAGAAUGGAAGAAGAAGAGGAAAAGCUUGUGCAAUCCUACCCUCAUUACUGGGGAUUCACCCCAGAACAAGACUACUACAACCACAAAGGAAUCAGAGGCACAAAAUCGGAAUUCAGGACGGCGCGUGGCCUCAAGCUCUUCACAAGGUCAUGGCUUCCAAACCCCACCAUCACCCCACGCGCCGUCGUCUUCAUGGUCCACGGCUACGGCAACGACAUCUCCUGGACCUUCCAAGCGACCCCCAUCUUCCUCGCCCAAUCGGGGUUCGCCUGCUUCGCCGUUGACCUCCAAGGCCACGGCCACUCCGAAGGCCUCAAAGCCUUCGUCCCCUCCGUAAACCUCGUCGCAGACGAUUGCCUGUCCUUCUUCAACUCUAUCAAACAACAAAACCCCCAAUUCCAACACCUCCCCUCUUUUCUCUUCGGCGAGUCCAUGGGCGCCGCCAUCUGCCUCCUCAUACACUUCCUCUCCCCGGAACCCUUCAACGGCGCCGUUUUAGUCGCCCCCAUGUGCAAAAUCUCCGACAGCGUCAGACCCAGAUGGCCCAUUCCCCAGAUCCUCACCUUCCUCGCCAGAUUCUUCCCCACUCUCCCCAUCGUCCCCACCCCCGAUCUCCUCUUCAAGUCCGUCAAGGUUCCCCGCAAGAAACUCAUCGCCAACAUGAACCCUUUGAGGUAUCGCGGAAAGCCGAGGUUGGGCACCGUCGUCGAACUUUUAAGGGUUACCGACUUCCUCAAUCAGAGGCUCUCUGAUGUCAACCUUCCUUUCAUUGUCUUGCACGGCAGCGCCGAUGCUGUCACCGACCCCGAUGUGAGUAGGGAGUUGUACCGCGAAGCCAGGACCCUCGAUAAGACCAUCAAGGUUUACGACGGGAUGAUGCAUUCCUUGCUGUUCGGAGAGACCGAUGAAAAUGUUGAGAUUGUCAGAAACGAUGUUCUAUCGUGGCUGCUCGCUAGGUCUGGUGGGGAAACAAGACUUCAAUGAAGAAGGUUUCAAGG